UUGUUGUUGUUAUUAUUAUUAUAAGAAACAGCCUCAACAUUUCUAGUCGUCCUCCUUUGCAAAACCACAGUGAGCCACGUCUUACAGCAUUGUCAUCAUAACAUCUUUGCAGACGUUGUUUGUUUAACAGAGAUGUCCGGCUUGUUUGUCUGCAUGAUUCACUUACGUCUUCACUCUGUCCUCUUCUCCUGGGACAUUCUUUACUGUUCUGUCUGAGACUCACUCUGCAUUCAAACAGUGGCCUCACAUAAUUACUAACCCGACUGAAUUCUACCAAGGUCACAGCUGGCCAUCAAUCCUCAAACAUAAAAAAAAAAACCGUGGCACACUCAUCAUACACACACAUACGCACGCACGCACACACUAAACUCAAGUAUGCCAACAUUUGUACCAUUUGUACACAUGAGAUCAUCACAUCUUGUGCAGAGAGAAGUCUUGUGAUAAACACAACCGCACACGCAUACUGCCACGUUGAGCCUGGCCAGGUUAUUGUAUCCUAGCAACAGAGGCAGCCAUCGACUGCUCUGGGUUUUUGUGUGUGUGUGUUUUUUUCCCUGUCCAGCGCAGGAGCAGUGAAGCCAAACCUCCUUCUGCUUUCUCCGUCUGCUCGUGCACUUGUGUUUACUCCACUUCAGCUCUGCCUCUGCUUUUCUCUGUCUCUCAUCAUCGCAUUGACCUUCUCUUUCACUCAGGCAGUCAGAAUGAAGAGCCCGCAGAUUAAACACAGGAGACUUUCGUUUAAGAGAGCAGAGUAAACCAUGCCAAGAUUUGACCAGCAGGCGAUGUCUCUGUCUGGAGAAACAACCACUGUUAUUUGUGUUUUGUAAAAUAUUUGUAGCAUACUGAACACUGGUACUGUACUAUUUUUUUUAUUCCUGACAAGCUGGAUUUGUGAGAACAAAAGAUGCACACUCCAGCCUCCAUGGUGAUGGGGAUCGUUUUUGCCCCCUUGGGUUUGGUCCUAGUCUUCACUGCUGCCAUCACCCCCCAGUGGAGAGAGGGACAGGCACAUUUGGGAAUGGCAGGACCGGGAAGUCUGCUCCGGUCAGGAACAAAAAGUCAUGGGACCAGGUCCAGUUCAGUGGAGGCACUGAUCUUGUUGCGCUCUGAUGGACUAUGGGAGAGCUGCCUGCAGGUGGAGCGCUCUGACUUGAGGCAGUGCUGGCCUGUGGCUGGUCCGUAUCAGAGAGACCCCAGGGUUCGUCUGGCACAGGGUUUGGUGCUAACCUCAUUGUUCCUGUGCGGCACUGGCAUUCUCCUGGCUUGCAUCGGGGUCCGGUGCUGGGCAGAUCUCCCUCUAAGAGGUGUAGCAGCCUCAGGAGGACUUCUGGUGGUGACAGCAGGGCUGCUGAGCCUGACUGCGUUAGGGGUUUACACCCACAACCUUAAAAGACUCGGGAUGGAUCCAAGUCAAAGGAUUCAUAACCCACGGUACCCACACCUCAACUUGCAUCCAGCUGGCUCGCUUUACUUUGGGUGGCUGGGUUCGUGUCUACAGGUGUUGGGAGGCGCCGCUUUGCUUUUCAGUUUCAAACGACCACGAUGCCCAACCUGCCCAUCUAGGCAUGAGCUGUCUGUGUCUCCCUGCCACUCAUGUCCAGAAAUGACCAACAAGCCUGACAUGGAUGUAUAUGAAGUUAGUUGUUAGAAACUUGUCCAACAUUUUAAACUUUAAGAAAGCGUGGACAGAAAAGAGAAAAAAAAUAGCAUUAAGGGCACUUUCUAAACCCAUUUUUAUCUUUUCAGUGUGUAGCUUAUGUAAUGAAAAGUCAUAAAUUCAUAAAUGACUGUGGACUACCAGACAUUGCUGCUUAGUAAUGAACUGUCAUGCAGGUUUCAACAUAAUGGAUGUAGCUCUCCUUUAACACAGGAACAAACAUGAUCUGGGGGUGUAAAUAAAAACAAAUGGAUGAAUGUCACGUUAGAAAAAGAUUCAACAUCACGCUGCCUUUAAAUGCAACAUGUGGUGAAAUACGAUUGAAGUAUUGCUUUGUGUUGCCUUUAUGUUGUAGCCAUGCAUUUGUACUGUUAAGAAGAAAAUUGUCUGAACAGAACUGUGAAUCAUAGAUGAUGCCAGCAGAAGCCUAAAAAAAUAGCUUAAAUUCUUAAGGUCAUCACACUCGGUUUCAUCUGUAUUAAGCUGGUUGUUAACAGAAAAAAAAAGCUUUACAUUUAUAUGUGAUAUCCUGUUUUGUUGAUGAAUUUGCUGCUCUUGAGCACAGGAGGAGCUUUCACUGGGUAACAUUAUAUUUCUGGAAUAAGAUGAGCACUAUGAAUAUUAAAGAAGGCGUCACAGGAGGAUAUACAAAAGGGUAUUUUCUAUUCCUUGCAAAUGACUGGUUUGUGUUGUCAUUUUGUGCUCAUAUUUGUUGCACUAAAUAAAAAACUAUUUAUCACAAUCUGUUGCAUUUAUUUAUUUAUUACUUUUCAGAUUAGGUAGGUUAUGCUGCAAUGAAGAAAAACGAAAUCAGGAAAUAGGAGCACAUGCAAUUCACUUAUGAAGAUAACUUUGGAAGCUAAAUACAUUUACAUGUUUAAUAUGGAAAUAAAUUCACAUUAUUUGUCUUAAGACGAGGCCGAGAGCCAGAGUGAUCAUCUCACAUGUUGUACGGCAGACAAGUUCACUGCAUUUAAACCAAGCAACAUUAUGUGAAUAGAUGUUAGAUGUGAAUGUUGCCUGGAGCCACGUGGAGUGAUCGCAAUCCGAUGUGAGAAUAACCUAUUCAAUCGCUUCAGCUGGCAACAAACAACCUCAGGAGAGGAGAGAAAUUCACAUCAUGGUUGAGAACGCAGGUCUUUGAGACCCGCUCGCACAGAACAAGUAGCUCAUAAAUAAACAUUUUAUCUACUUAGUAGUGAACGUCAGUGGACGGCUUAAAAGAGGUCUCAGACACAGAGGAGGGUGUAAUUCAUGCACUGAAGACAGACACACACAUUUAGACCACAAUACUAAAUUUUGCUCUACAAGGGCUGGAUAUCCACUUACGAGGACAUUAUACUGCCACUGUUCUACUGAAAUUGAAAACGAGUGACCUCAUAGGUGCAUAUCAGGCCCUUGAAGAGCAAAAUCAGAUAAAAAGAUAUUUCUUUGUUUUUACAUUCAACAGG